AUGGAGCAUGCAAGACCGCCAACCGAAUUGCCGUCAACCGUCGGCCGGGCUGACGCAUGGAAGCGGUGGAAGGCACAAUUCAACCUUUUUCUUAAAGCAUCGGGGGUGCACAAAGAAGAGGGAAGCAUACAGGCGAGUUUGCUCAUUAAUCUGAUUGGAUCAGAUGGAUUUGAUGUUUAUGAGACUUUUACAUUCGAUUCAGAAGGGCAACGUGAGGACAUCGAAAUAUUGAUGAAAAAAUUUGACGAGUAUUUCGGUGUUCAAUCUAAUAUAACAUUACUGAGAUAUAAUUUUUUUACGAGGUAUCAAGAAACUGGAGAAUCUAUUGAUCAAUAUGUAACAGCGUUAAAGUUACUCAGUAAAAACUGUGAAUUUAAAAAUUUAGAGCAAGAGUUGAUUCGCGACCGUAUUGUGUGCGGCAUAAGGAGCACAAUUGUAAGGGACCGGUUGUUACGGACGGAUGAAUUGACUCUGGAGAAAGCAAUUAAAAUAUGUCAAGCUGAUGAAAUGUCAACAGACAGCAAGCGUGUGAUGGAAACAGGUAGCUUCGGCAGUUCGGCGAGCUGUGGGCCCGUGCGCGUUGAGGCGCUGGCGAUGCGCGGUGGCGAGCGGCGCGGUGGCGGACGCAGCGGCGGGCGCGGCGGCCGGCACGGCGCGCGAGCUGCGCACGGCGGGACCGCGACGUCGCCUUGUCCGCGUUGUGGUGCUCAGUGUACUGAUGUAGAUUCAUGUCCAGCUAUUUCGGUGAAAUGCUAUGUGUGCGGUAACUACGGCCAUUACGCUAGGAUGUGCAAAUGUAAAAAUAGUGUUAAAAAAAUGUAUGAAAUAGAAGUGAAUACAGAAAAAUCUAAUAAUGAUGAUUGUGAGUCGUUUUAUGUAUCUGUGUUAAUGGACAAAACGCAGAACAAAAUCGGCGGCGAUGACUGGUACGAGGUAUUAAGAGGUGAGUGUGGCUUUGAACGUUUUAAGCUGGAUACCGGUGCCGACAUUAUUGUGUUAUGUUAUAAGAGAUUUUUAACGCUAGGGUUUGACACAGAAAUGAUAUGCAAUAAUAAUAAAAUGAAAUUACAGUCGUUUAGCGGGGAUGUUAUUCCGAUAAGAGGAGUUUGUCAUCUUAAAUGGUGGCAUAAAAGUAAAAUGUAUGUUUUAAAAUUCGCAAUAGCAAAUAUUAAUUGUGAAAGUGUGCUGGGUCGACAAGCGUGUUCGGAACUAGGGUUAAUUCAACGGGUUUACGGCAUUAAUUUGGUAGAAAAUUCGGAUCUUUUUGAAGGCUUAGGAUGCUUACCUGGUGAGUACCAUAUAGUUAUUGAUAAAUCAGUUAAACCUGUAGUUUGUGCUCCGCGAAAAGUACCUCUAGGAUUACGUGAUAAAUUAUUAGAAGAAUUAAACAGGAUGACUGACUUAGGAGUCAUUAGAAAGGUCACUCACCCAACACAAUGGGUUAUUCAAUAG